CACCGCUUCCUUCCCCGCGCCACUCCCUCUGCCUCUUCAUCUUCUUCCUCCACAACCACACGCUCGUGCGCGCGCAGUACCUUCCACCCACUUGCUUGCUCCGGCCAUCGACCAUGGAGGGCGAGGCGCCGCAGUCGCACCAGCUGCUCCUGCACGGCGUCAGCCUGGACCUGCGCCUCGACACGGCCACGGCCACGCACCAGCUGCGCGGCGCCCGGCGCCCGGCGUCCCCUGCGCCUACUCCCGUGGCCUUCGACCAGGCCGGCAAGGAGGCCUUCUCCUGCAACUACUGCCACCGCAAGUUCCUCAGCUCGCAGGCGCUCGGCGGCCACCAGAACGCCCACAAGCUCGAGCGCACCCUCGCCAAGCGCAGCCGCGACGCCUCCUCCACCGCCGCCACGGCAGCUCAAACUGCCACGCCUUCCUCUCACUGGCCCCACGCCGGCGGCGGGGAGCUCUGGGCGUACUCUGCUUCGGCCGCUGCCCCGGAUUCCACGACGAUGGCGCCCCUGAUGGGCAUGGGCUGGGCUGGUAGCACCACAGCAGCCACCGGGGAGGCGGUGCCGGAGAUGGACCUGUCGCUCAAGCUCUGAGUCUGAGCAAUACAUUCCAGAGGCAAUAUCUAUGUGCACGGAUGCAUGCAUGCGCCUGGCUAGCUAGCGUUUCAACAAGUGGUGCUCAAUUCAUUGUUGCAUGCACCUGGCGAUUAGUUAAUUAAUUAUUCUGAUUACAUGCAAUCGAUUGCUUCAGCUUAUCGAUCUACUUAUAAUACACA